GACGGUAUUCAGCUGGCAGCAGGUGUGACUUAUUGUUCAGGUAAGUAAGUAGAUAGUAGCUCUGUGAUGAUAAAAGAAAAACGCCUCUAGACUCUGUAAACCGAGUGCAAAACCUGAAGGAAAAUCCAAAGUGCAUUGAUUUGCUACUUUGGACUUUCCUUGUGUUCAAUCAUGUGUUCGUUUACUGCGACUUGUGCUGACUGUGGCGACCAAACACUCAUGACCCGUGUAGGAGAUGGUGUCGAUCGCUUCGAUAUCUUCGAGUUCCUGGACCGAAUCGAGGACUACCAUCCCAGCCAUUUGGUUGCGUGGCUUCAAUCACGAUUGGUGACCAUCGAAGAGCUUCCAGCAGUCAACAGGCCCUUCCAGGACCACUACGGGAAGUUGGAGGUUCCUCCAGAUGCCGAUCUGGCCAGCAUCCGGCGCGCGUACCGGAAGCUGGCGCUGUUGACGCAUCCGGACAAACCCAACGGCGAUCGCCAACGUUUUGAGGAGGUGUCUCGCGCGUAUGAGAUUCUGACAGACCCAGCCCAGCGAGAGGCGCACGACCAGGAGCGUUUACGCCGAGCUGCUGCUUUGGAGGAAGCUGCACUGCGUACCUUGAAGUUGAGAUUCAGGCCAAGCCGCGAUGUGGCGAGCGAUUUCGGCCGCGACUUGGAGAACCUCACGGGCCGUGCGCGCGAGGUUUUGUGGUCUGCCAUGGGCUCCCUACACAGCAUGGUUGCAGUCCAGUUUGCUGAAAAACAGCCUGCGGAGCCUCAGACUGCUGCAGGUCCUGAAGGGUCCAAUUUCUUGUAAGGCAUGCUUGAGUGAAGUCACGUCUCACGUAGGAGAUCUCUACUGGCACUCGAUCUUGUACAUAGUCCGAACCGACUUGAGUCCGCCCAAUCUCCGUUCCAAA